GAUAUAUACAGAUAUUACACAGGUGAUACAGGGUUAUAUGUAGAUAUAUACAGACACAGAUGCGAUAAGUGGACAGUGCGCAUGCGUAGACAUCCGUGUUUUUAAAUAUUUAUAUUUAUUUGGCCGCAGCCAAUCAGCAGAGAGACGUCCACAUGACUGCUUACAUAGUCCCACCCUACGUGAUGACGUCACACCGCCAGCCUGCCUUAUGCUAAUAUGCGGCGUGGAACGUGAUGACGUAGGCGCCCCUGCGGGUCCCGAUUGCUGCAGCCGCUUGUCAGUGUGACGAAGAUUGGCACCGGGUCAGUGCACCGAGGUAUCAGCUGUGAGAUGAGGGCAGCAGUCAGCGCAGUAUGAUGUCCACAGACCAUAUGGGCAUGGAAAACUACCCGGAGGAGCCGCAGGUUGUCACCCAGUUCAAGACGGAGCAGGACCCGAUGAGCAGUGAGCCAUCGGUGCAGAGCCCAGCAGCUGGAGACAGCCCCAUGGAGACCGAUAAGCAGGCUAUUUACAGGCACCCGCUCUUCCCUCUGCUUGCUCUGCUUUUUGAGAAGUGUGAAGGCUGCACCCAAGGGUCAGAAACUACCACCUCUGCCAGCUUUGACCUGGACAUAGAGACCUUUGUGAGGAGACAGCACAAGGAGGGGAAGGACUUCUUCUCAGAUGACCCGGAAACAGACAGCCUGAUGGUGAAGGCCAUUCAGGUGCUGAGGAUUCACCUGCUGGAGCUGGAGAAGGUGAACGAGCUGUGCAAGGACUUCUGCAGCCGCUACAUCUCCUGCCUGAAGACCAAGAUGAACAGCGAGACCCUGCUGAGUGGGGACCCGGGGGGCCCCUACUCCCCCGUGCAGAGUGGGAUAAGCGGUGCCCUCAGUCCUCAGGGGAUCGUCGUUCCGGCCGCUGCUCUCCAGCAGGGAAAUGUAGCAGUGGCCACCGUGUCAGGUGGCACCCUGUACCAGCCUGUGACCGUAGUCACCCCGCAAGGGCAGGUUGUGGCUCAAGCAUUGUCUCCUGGCACCAUCCGAAUUCAGAACUCACAGCUCCAGUUGCAGCUCAGUCAGGAUCUCGGCCUCUUACACACAGAUGACGGCUCUGGGAAGAACAAGCGGGGUGUCCUCCCCAAACAAGCCACCAACGUCAUGAGGUCCUGGCUCUUCCAGCACAUUGGGCAUCCGUACCCGACGGAGGAUGAGAAGAAGCAGAUCGCGGCCCAAACAAAUCUUACCCUGCUACAGGUCAACAACUGGUUUAUAAACGCCAGACGUCGAAUCCUUCAGCCCAUGUUGGAUUCAAGCACAACUGAUACCCCAAAAACCAAGAAGAAAAGUGGACAGAGCCGCCCCGUGCAGAGGUUCUGGCCGGACUCCAUCGCUGGGGGCACCCUGCAGCAGGGAGGAGAAAUGGAUGUAUCUGAUGGCGACGUUGUGACCCUCUCAGCUCCUGGCGGUCUGGGAGCAGACAGUCUGCAGUCGCUGACAUCUGAUGGAGCCACAUUGGCCGUACAGCAAGUAAUGCUGGGAGGACAGAGUGAUGAUGAGUCUCUGGACACAGACGAGGAGGACACAGAGACGGGACUGAGUGCAGGGGAGCUGCGGGGUCUAGUGCUGAGCGGUGGAGGACUCCAAUGAGAAGGACAUGUGGGUCUCGCACACUUUGUAUUGUCAGUGCCAUGCACAGGGCAAGUUUGACACAAAAACUAUUUUAUCUUCACUUGCGACAAAAUAUUUGCACCUUAAAAAAUGAAAACCUGUCGCUUCCAAGGAUUUCACUGCCGAACAACCUCGUCCCCUGUGCCAAAUGGCCUCCUGGCCACUAGGAUGUGGAGCAGAGCGGUCUUCAUGGAUAUUUCUAGACAGUCUGCUGGGAAUUGAACAGUUGAGGCUUGUGCAGCAUGUAGCGUGUAACACUCCUGGUACUGACAUUUCUACACUUCCGGCUUUAGGAUUUGUGUACAUGGAUCGUGUCCUCUUCCUCGGCAGGGAGCGAUGUCUCUUCAACCUCCUGACUGAGGGCAACUUCAUGAUAUGUUGAUUUUACUCCCUAAAUAGAACUGUAUUUUUGUAGAGUUGUGAAAGAAUAAACCUUGGAAAACUC